ACACACACACACACACACACACUCUGAGGUGGUUAGAAGAAUAAAAAAUUGUUGUCUUAGUGCUCACAAUUCCGAGAAGCAGAGUGAUGUCAGGAAAACGCAUGUGUGUAGAAAUAGGCUGUUUCCUCUUUCGGCUUCUCUGUUCCCUCUCGAGGGCGGCAGAAGCUCACAGCUGUCUGGAGAGCCCUGAAAAUUGGGGCUGUUCUGACACAGAGGUCCAAGGGAGGAAUGGCUGCUGCCAGGUGAACAAGGAGCUGGUGAUGUAGGACACCAACUACAUCAGCCCGGCAGCGACACGAGACCUCAGAGCAAUGAGGACACCCACCUGUCCAUAACCAGCAUCCAACGGGCGCCAACCUGCAGGUCCAGAGAUCACCGGCAGAUGGCGCUGCUCCCAGGCCCGCUCCUCGUGGCCUUGCUGGCUCUGUGCUGGGGACCCAGUGUGGAAGGGUCACAGGGUACCGUCCCGCUGCAGACCCUGCGCUGCUACAAUGACUACACCAGCCGCCUUGUGUGCAGCUGGGCAGACACCGAGGCUGCUGGGCUGCUGCUCAUCAACGUGACCCCCCACUGGCGGUUAAAAGGAAAUGAAGUUUCCAAAGCUGCUCUUCUGGGAUUGGAGGGUCGGGUCGCUGCCUCGGGGAGCACAGAGCUGCAGCCUGGAGACCGGAAAACUUGGGACAUUGUCCUGUGUGCUGCGUGCAGGCGGCAGAGAGCAGAGGGCCCUAGGGCAUCAGGACAGGCUUCCCAGAAGGAAGGAAAUGGCUUUGCCACCAAGGAGGUCACACUGCGUGCCGGGCAGGGGUGGCUUCACAGAGAGUUGAGUGCCAGCCCCUCCACUGGACCUGGCCGUGCAUGGGACAGCAGCCCGCACAGCCGUCAUUGCUGUCACGUUUCCGCACACAGGGCCACAGUGCAGCCGCCCCCACCCCGAGACGUCCAGAUUUAUGCCACUGGGGACCAAUUCUGGCUGACCUGGAGCGUGGCCCUCGGUGGUCCCAAGAUGUCCUGGCUGUCACAGGAGGACCUGGAGUUUGAGGUGGUCUACAAGCGGCUUCACGAGUCCUGGGAGGAUGCCACCACCGUGCAGUCCAACUCCUCACAGGUCGCUCUGGGGCCCGAGCUCCUCCUGCCCAGCAGCACUUAUGUGGCCCGAGUGCGGACCCUGCUGGCCCCAGACUCAGACUUCUCAGGGCGGCCCAGCCAGUGGAGCCCCGAGGUUCAAUGGGACUCACAGCCAGGGGACGAGGCCCAGCCCCAGAACCUGCAGUGCUUCUUCAGCUUCGGUGGGACUCACGUGCUCAGCUGCUCCUGGGAGGUGAGGGCCCCGGUGACCAGCUCGGUCUCCUUCAGCCUCUUCUACAGGUCCAGCCCGGAUGCAGGGGAGAAGGAGUGUCCCCAGGUGCAGAAGGAGGAGCUCGGUGGCCUCUACAUCCGCCACUCCUGCCAGAUCCGGGUCGGCAGCCUGAGGCCCGACGGCCAGUACACGGUGGCUGUGCGCCCGCAGAAGGAAGAGAUGUUCAUAAAGAGCUCAGAGCACAUCCAGAUGGAGGCCCCAACCCUCAAUGUGACCAAGGGUGGGGACAGAUACAGCCUUUGGAGGACUCUGUGGGCUCUGGUCCCUGGCAUCCCCAUCUGUGCUGUCGGAGGUGGACCCGGCACCACAGGGGACCUAGGAGAGCAGGGUAAGGGAGGCCACUGCACCCUGCACCAGGCUGCUCAUGAGGAGUGUCUGCCUGGGCCUGGCACCCAGGCCAGCCACUAUCUGGAAGCUGGGGGAGGCCCUGCCCCUCCUGCUUCUGAGCCCCGAGGCCAGGCACAGGACCCAGAGGACAGCCCAGUCGCUCUGCCCACAAGCUCUGGGGACCCUGAGCACCUGGUCAUGGCCUCUGGUUAUGUCACCACUGCAGACCUGGCAUUCACCUUGUCCACAGGGGCCUCAUCUGUCUCCCUGGCCUCCCCUCCAGGCCUGCAGAACCCCAGCCUCUGUCCAGAGCUGCUCCCUGCAGGGCCCCCCUCAGCCCCACCCCCUGAGAAGCCUGGGUUCGAAGGCUACGUGGAGCUCCCUCCAACCAUGGGGCCACCCCCCACAUCCCCUGUGGGCAGUCCCGUCCCUCCUGCACCCAGCAGCCCUGUGCUGAGCCCAGGGGAGCCCCGGGCAGAUGUGCCCCCGCUGUCCCCAACCCACCAGGGGCUCCUUCUCCUGCAUCAGGAAGGGGACUACUGCUUCCUCCCAGGCCCCCUGUCACCCCGAAGCCAGCCCCCUUCCCCAGGACCCUGUCAGGAGAUCAGGGACAUGGAUCAGGGUUUCCCGGUCAAGAAACCCCCAGACCAGUCUAUAGUCCAGGCACCUGCUAUUCAGCUCUUCAAGUCCCUGAGGCAUCAGGACUACCUGUCAGUGCCCCACUGCUAGGUCAGCAGGCCCAGAGAGGUAUGCUGAGGACCUGCAGGCCACCCUGUACCCUGCAUCUUCCCUGUCACCUCUCCAGAGCCAUUGGUGCAUCCUUGCCGACACAGACAGGACCUGGAGAACCCUCCAACCUCAGGGUCCCCUGGACCCUCAGCAAAUCCUUUGUCCCACUGUUCCUCUCUGACACACACAGGCAUGCACACUCAUGAGAGCGCACAUACACACACUUUUCUUUCAGAUUAACUUAUUUCUAGAUUCUGAGCUAUUAGAGCUUUCUAUGCAUGGCCAUCCGCCUCCCUCUCCUUUGUUUUUUAUUGGGUUCCCUUGUCUUCAUCCUGUCUUUCCUCUUUGUUGCUGAUUCAUUAGUGGAGUGAGGUUAGGUCCCAGGCAAGCCUCUCUUGAGUGUGAGCCCUGCCCCACGUGCUGCAGGCUCUGGUGGGCAUCGUGUCCACCUCACCACAGGCUCCACAGGCACAGUGUAUGUUUCUGAGCCACCUGCAUGAGGGCCAGGUGGCACCUUGGGGUGAGAUCUGGAGACCAUCCACUACCUCCUCAACUGCCACUCCAGGAAAUAGGUGUGGGGUGGGGUCGGCACAGCGCAGGGAUGCGCAGCCCUGAGUGUGCAGGGUGUGCAGGGUGUACAGGGCUGUCUGCAUUCCUGGAAAGCUCUGUUGGUCCUCACAGAAGUGACUUGGGAGUCUUGGGGGUUUUUCUAACUCAGGGUUCAGAGAAAAGUCAUUGAUGUUGGCAAUCCCACAUGGUGCCUUCAGUUUUGGUGAGACUAGCAAUGGGGGGACAUCAGGAAGGGUCAACUGUGUCAACUGUGUGAAGGUUGGGAAAACUGCUCUGUGCUGGGUAUCAGAGGAUACACACUUCAAAGUGUUUAGUCCAGAUGGCCCUGCUGCUCUCCCUGCAGAAGACUGUGUGGCUCUGGCUCCCACUGGCCACAGAUCUGGGGAUUAUGGUUCUUUGAAAUCUUUGCCUUUUUGAUAAUGCAAAAAUAAUGGCAUUAUAUUGUUUUCAUUUGCACUAUAUGAGCAUUAUCCAGUGGGCACAUAUUUUCAUGUGUAUCUUGCAUAUUGGUUUGUUUUGUUUUACCUGGCUAAGCCCACUGUGGUCUUUGUUUGGUUAGGAGUUGUCUUUUUCCUGAUAAAGUAUUUUAAAGUGUUUUAAGUGUAACCAUUUAUAAAUGGUGCAAAUUAAUUUGUUCCUUUGGUUUGUUGUUUGUCUUAUAACGUUGUGCUGGCAUUGGGAGCCCUCAACGUUUUCACACCUAUGUUGUCAUGAAUAGGUCACUGGGCUGUUUCUCUAAUUUGGGGGCCAAAUUUAUAAAAGCCUUCUCCAGAGCAAACUUGAAUUUGUCCUCAUUAAUUUUUUCCAGUUCCUCUUCUGCUUCAAGAUUUUAGUGUAAAAUUUUAAUGAAUUUGGAACAUUGGAGAUUGUCUCUGUUUUCCCCAAAGACAGAUCAGGUGACUUAACGCAGGUAUUGAAUGGUCUCUGUGCUUUAAAUGCCACUUCUGUGAUACACAAAGUUCCUGUCUAGACUGGUUUUGUUUCUAGACUUCCUUUCUAAACUAUCCUGAUCACUCCAGCUUUAUAGUAGAUCCCUCCCCCAACCCUGUACCAGGCAGGAAUCGAACUCAGGACCUUAUGCUUGCCAGGCAGGUGUGGUUAAAUAUAAAA